UCGUCCAUCUCCCUCCGCCAUUUGAAGCGAACAAUUGGGGUUUCGCGUCGAGUGCUCGGACGGCGUUUUUACCGGUUUCAAAAGAGUGAAAAAAGCGUCUCCAGUGGGACGGUGAUCGUUGGAUUGUCGUCGUCGACCCUGUGCCCGGAUCUAGUGUGUUUACUCCUUCCCGUGCUCGGAUUAACCGCCGUGUGGAUGUGCCUGGCGAUGUGCUGCUGCACCCGGAGGCGCGGCGGUUGAUUCGGCCGCCGCGGCAGCAGCCGCCGCCGCGUUGUCUGUCGCCAUGGAAGGCGAAGCCAAAGCGCGGGGCUCCCGCUGUCGGCGCCGCGAAAGGGCCGCCCGGAUGCAAAAGCAGGCUAUGCGCGGCGGUCAGAGCGCCGAUGAGGCGGACGAGUCGCCUGGCCGCUCGGCGUCAAAGCCCCCGAGGCCUCCGAACCGCAAGAAAAGGAAUAAGGAGCCCGUCUUUGAGGAGGAUGUCAUCGACGGCUUUGCCAUUCUCAGCUUCAGGACGUACGAGGAGUUAGAGAGCACGAUCAAGAGCAGGGAGCCGGAGACGCGGCCUUCGUCUCCGGAGCCCUUGCUCAACUCCAAGAUCAACUGCAACGACAAGCACCCGCCGGCCUCCUCGCCAACGCCCCCGAGGACCAAGACCAAGCCUGCCAGGACGAGCCUAAACAAGGUCCGGAAAGGUUCGUCCCGCGUGGCGAGCGACGAAAACUCACGGCCCCCCGGGGCCGGGGGGCCAGAAACGCCGCCCGCCUCCAUCAACUCCCGAACGCAGCAGUUGCAGACCAGGAGCGCCUCCGGCGACAGGCUCAGCGACUGCAGCACGCGGUCCAGUUCCGGACGUGGCUACAUGGGCAGCGACAGCCAGGACCAUAACGCUUGUGAUAGUGAGAGCGACAGCGAAAGGGCGUCCGACGCAGGAUCUGAUCUCUUCUCUGGACCAGCUCACCAUCCAAGGCCCCCACAGGCGCCGAGCCUCGGCCAGGCGGCGGCCAGCCCGGCGUCCAGUGCGGCGACGACGACCACUACUCCCGCCGGCGCGGCGGCUGCGGCGGCGGCACCAACCACUGCCGUGACUACUGCCAGCUGCACGCCGACGACCGCCACCACGACCAACGCUGCAGCCGCGCCGCCGUGCGUGCCGCCCAGCGCCCGCUCUAGUCCCCCUCUGGCACGGCGAGCACCGCCGUCGCCCGCAGCAGCCGCGUUGCUGCACAAUGGGCCAUCGUGGCAGCAACAACAGCAACAACAGCCGCCGGCCGAACCACAGCAGCAACAACAGCCCCUCCAACAGCAACAGCCCGCCACUGCCGCCGCGGCGCCCGUGACGCCCGCCGUGACGAGCUCACCGUCGCCCGUGGUCAGCACCCCGACGACCACGACCAGUAGUAGCGUCACGUCUUGCGCACCAUCCUUGGUGGGGCUCAUCUCGAGCAGUACGACCACCACAACUACCACCACCACCGCCGCAACCUCCAGCAGCAGCUGCAACGUGAACGUAAGCGCCGUUAGCAACAUCCAGCAGCGGCCCCGAUUGGCGCCGAGCAGCCCCGCGCCCUGUCGGUUACCGUCGGCCGAGCCUUCGCCCCCGCCGGCGCCGAGCCUAGUGUCCGAGCUCCUGUCGCAACCGCCCUACCUGCCUCCCGAAGCGCUUAAUGGAAACCACUCGUCCUCAUCAUCGAGCGUCGGCGGCGGCAGUGCCUCGCUAGUGGGGCCGCGCGAGCACCACCUCUUCGGCAACAGCCGGACGCCGACGACGCCCGCCACGACGCCACCCGUUGGCGCGACGGCGCACGCCGCCACGGCGGCGGCGGCCUCGGUGGGCGGCGGUGCGGCACCGCCUCCCCUGCGCAACGGCAGCGCGUUCGCCGGCCACGGCUCGUCGCCGUCGCCGCUGCUGGCGAGCCACCUGGUCCACAACCCGGGCACCGCCGGCAGCCGCGAGGGUAGCAGCGGCAGCGUGUCCAAGCCCGUGACGCCCGCAGCCGCUGCGCCUGCGCCCGGACCCUUGUUUCCUUUCUCGCUGGUGCAGCCGCCGCCGCAUAGCCGGGGCUCGCCGCACAGCAGCCGCGGUUCGCCGCAAAGCUCGUUCCUGGCCGCGCUGCCUACGCCGCCGCCGGCCACGGCUGCCCGGCCGGGACUCGCGGUGACGCCCACGCGCGCUCCGACGCCGACGUCCAGCCUGGGAAGCUCGCAUUCCAACAGCAGCCUAUCCAGCCUCAGCCAGUUAAGUCAAUCGCUGCAAGGCAAGGAGAGCGGAGGCAGCAGCAGUAGCAGCAGUGGUAGUGGCCGAGGGGGAUCGCGCAACAACACGCCCUCCUCCCUGGCACCGCCGCUGGGCUCUGCGCCGGAGAGGUCGAGCCUCCCGCCCGGUGUCUACUCAGGUGCCUCUUCCAACAGCCUCACCAGCCUGGUCUUCUCCAAACCCUGGGCUGGGUCUGGUCCUGGCUCGUACCCUGGUGUGUCGGUGAGCAGCAACGGCCCUCCGUCAAUGGGGACGCCACCCGUGGCGACACACCGGCCCACGCCUCCACUGCCAGUGAGCAGCAGUGGGCCCUCUCCCUCCUCCUCCUCUGCAGCCGCAGCCUCCUCAGCAGCUGCGGCGGCGGCAGCAGCAGCAGGCCUGGGGUUUCCUCCUCACCCAGGAAUGUUUGCUACCCCUAUCGCACCCCCAGGGGCACCCAGCCUUGCAUCCACUGCACUGGGCUUGCCUGCUGGUCCCACUGCCUUUGUGCCAGAGGCAUCUCUGCUGCCAAACCAAGACCUGUUGCGACGAGAGCUGGACACGCGGUUCUUGGCAUCCCAAGACCGGUCGAUAGCGAUACCGCCGCCACCCUACAUGCGCACCGAACUUCACCAUCACCCAACGCAGCCUGCCCAGCAGCAGCAUCAUCCUUUGCACCCAGCACACAGCCCAUUCCUGCCCCCUGCUCUCGCAGGGUCCCUAGUGCCGCAGCCAUCACCUCACCUGUAUGACAAGUUCCAUCCGAAGUUGGACUCUCCAUUUUAUUCAAGAAGUGCCGCGUUGGGGUUGACCGGUUAUGCUGGUCUCUCUCCACUCCUCAACCCAAGCAUGGCCACGGGAACUCCUUUCGUAGCACCUGCCCAUCUCGCUGCAUUUCAGCCAAAAAUGAACCCCCUUGUGAAGAACAAGAACAUGAAGUCCGGUCGAUGGUGCGCAAUGCACGUCCGCAUUGCCUGGGAGAUCUACAACCACCAGCAGAAGCAACAGCAACAGCAGCAGCAGCAACAGCAGCAGUCGUCCUCAGAGCCUGCCUCCCACAAGAGUGGCCCCUCCGCUGUUGGGCCUGGGGCGUCAGCGCAGCCCGGCCCCGCUCCCUCCUCGGCCUCUCUCUCCGCCAAGGGUGACCUCCUGCGAGCGCCCAAUCACCACCUGUACUCGUCCCUCCCAAGGCCGCACGACCUCAGCGCCUUCCCGUCGGCAUUGCUGGGAGCAGCCGGAGCUGGUCAUCCGAGGGCACCCUUCGAUGCAUCGCCUCAUAGCAAUUUUCUCACCCAUAGCCCUGGUCACAUAGCAGCAACCCUGAGUCGAAUGCCAGUGUCCACAUCAAGCAGUUCCCUCAGCCGAUCAACAGCAUCACGGGUACUUCCUCCUCCAGGCAUGUCUCCAUUUUCAAGGCCAGGUUUCCCGGGAUUCGUUGGCGCUAGCCCCGGCAACGCCGCUUACAGCACGCUUGGAGGGCUUCAUGGUUUGUCGGGGAAUCCACCAGCUAGUCUCUUUGCAAGCCGGGGUGACCUGGGAGCAGGCUGCUUGGGCCAGGACCCGUGGGCGCGCCUUCACCGCGGAGCACCAUACGGCCCCCUUGCCGGGGCCGCUCCUCCGCCCCAGGCGGGGGGCGGUGCCCAACCCGGUUCGGGGGGCGGAGCCUGGGGAGGCCUCAAGGCCGAGGCUGACCGUGAACGCCUAGAGCAACAACAGCACGAAGGGGAGAAGCAACGCAGGCUCGAGGCUGCUGCUGCUGCCGCUGCCGCUGCGGACAAAGAGCGCAAGGAGCGCGAGGCAGCCGCGGCUCUCGAGAAGGCUAAGGAGAUCGAGAGGGAAAAGAAAGCGCAGGAAGAAAGACAACGCGAAAGGGACCGGGAGAACCGGCUACACUUGCACCAUAAUCUAUCGGAAGGAAUUCUACGCAACGGGGACUACAUGGAUGCACGAGCAACGAGCAACAGCCACCACCAACUCAUGAGAGACCGAGAGCCCCACUCACGCGCGACAGAGUGGAGCCUUCGGGAACCCCCGACCCGGUCGCCCGCCAGAGCUCCAAAAGUCGAAGGCCCGUUCGAACCACCGGCGCCUCCCAAGGUCGAAGUGCGGGUGAAAGAAGAACGGCGCGAACCCGACGAGCCCGAACGAAAGCGGCCAGCGCCUCCACCCGCCGCCGCACCACCCGUUCCACCUUCCGACGACUUCAGGAACGCCCACUUCCUCAGUCUGGGUGCUGCCGAGAGGGCCGCCUUCUGGGGCGCCGCAGCUGCUGCCGCGGCCCCGCCGCUAGGUGGCCUCGGUGGCGACCCUUACAGAACUUUGCUCGAUUUCCACCACUCUACCCGCAGCGAGCUAGAACGGGAGCGAUACCGCCUACCUAAUCCCAUGGUCGCCUUCCACGACCGAUUCCGCGACAUCUCCGAGCUGGACCGACUGGCGCUCGAGCGAGAGCUGCAAAGCAAGCUGGCCGCUCCCCCGCUUCGGCCCACCGACCCGGCUGCCUUCUCUACGCUCUUCUCGCCGCUGGGUCCCCCGAGCCCCUACCUCGGGGGCCUUGCAGGGCUGGCGGCGACGAGCCGGGCCGGAGCCAAGAAUGGUCCCACCUCGGCCGCUCCCCCGGGGUCCCGCCCCGAGGGUGCCGUGCCACCUCCGCUGAUCCCCUGCGGCAGCGGAGGGGGUGCCGUGGGGCCCAACAGUGGGCCGCCCCCGCACGGGCUGUCAUCUCUCAACCACAAGAUGAGCUCGCUCGUGGACCACGGCGCGCACCACGACGUGGCACUCUAUGCCAAGGAGAGGAGAGAACUGGCUAAUCACAAGGCGGAGGGGCAGCUAAGGUAGUGGUGGCAGGGGGGCUCCUCAGCGGUGGGUGGGGACACGAAAUAUCGUUUUUCUCCUGAUGUGGCGAGCAGAAGCGGGCAAGGUUGGGAACUGCAGUAUGGGCAGCAGCCACAUCUCGACGGCAGCGUGUUUCUUCCAAAGCACUAGCAUCUAAAGCAGUAAGCUGUCCAGAAACCUUGCGAAGGGAAGUGGAGGAAAAAAAUGCUUUAAUUUAAUUGGAGAAUGCACUGGAAAGACAUAGUUGGAUGCUAUAAUGGACGACUAUAUAUGUCGUUUAGCCAAAAGUGGUAUAGGUGACAAAUGUACAGCGAGGAUAGGCAAGAACAGUGACCUUUUCUGCUGGCAUUUCAUUCUUGCCAAGAAUCUCCAAGAAGCCUGCGCUGAAACAAACAGGCCUAGCAGCAGUACUUUUCGUGGACACAAGGUUUCUGAGACACAAAGGUGGCACUAUUCUAAGUUAUAAACAACAUUGGAAUGAUUCACCCCAGGAAACCCUGUGUGGACCUUCAAUGUUUCUGUGGAAAUUGUGUGCGCGCACCGCUUGCAGAGAGCUGUGCAGCAAACUAGUGAGGCCGUCGUCGUGCUCUUUCCAUUCGAAUUCUUUCUCACGCACUCUUCCCAAAUCAAAUGCACACGAAUGGAGGAUUGCCUGUCUGCAUAGGACGGCAAUUCGUACAACGAAUUUAGUGGCACCGUGUAGAGCGAGUUUGAGGUUGAGUGCUUUGUUAUUUAUUGGUUUAAUAUGCCAAUGAACCUUGCCCGCCUCUGCGCCCGACCCAACCCGCCCCCUCACCCCCCCCCUUGCCGCAUCGCGUGAUGGCCGUGGAGAAUGUGCAACCAUAGUGAUGUUUUUUGUUUCCUCUUCCGUCUUUCCUCAUCAUUUUUUUUUCUUUUUUUUUAAACAUUUAUGAUCGUGCUGCUGAGCGGCGCGUCGAGCUUUCUCACGGACUACUUCCAUUUCCCUCUCGCCCGUCGUGGCGGAGGAUGCCAGCGUGUCAAGUCAAAAAUGUGAGCGGUGGAAGAAGAAGCGAAAGAAGAGGAAAGUGUAAAAAAAAAUGUUUUCGUGCGUGGGCGUGUGUACAUAGGUUUUUAAAAAGAAGGGAAAACGAAAAAACUGUGUGCAUGCGUGUGUACAUGUGCGUGUAUCGUUUUUGUACCAUAGUUUGCCUACAGUAGUGGAAGGAGCGAGGGGAAAAUGUGAGGACGGAAAAAAAAGACGAAAUACGCGAAAAUUCUGCGGCUGUGUGUGCGUGUGUGUACAUUCUGAGUGUUCAUAAUGUACAUAGAAACAUCAAGGAGCGUGUUUCCUGUUUAUUUGUUCAAUUUGUUUGUUUGCCAUGUGAGUGCGCGCAAAUGUGUACGUGUAAAUACUAUGUAAUAACUACAGGGAGGGGGAAAAAGAUAAAAACGAGGGAGCUCCCUUUUUUUCUCGGCUGCAACAGGCUUGCUGUAUACAAAGAGGACUUUGUUCAUUCUUUUUUUCACCUCCAAGUGGCUUUUUUCUUUAGCUUGCUGAAAUUUGUGAUAUGCACUCGUAUCAUCGAUACGCGGUGCGUCAUAGUUUUCCUGCUUUCUGAUGUGGUUGGCCGGCAAUGUAACAGAGUAGAGUAUGUCUCCGCAGAUUUCUUUUCUUCAAACCUCUCUUUUUUGUGGAUAUUUAUUAUGUCAUAAUGCAAACGGCGAGAAUCUGGCAUUGCGAGCUGGUACCUCUUCACAGGGUGUUCAGUGGCUGUAGUGAAAAAUUCUUUCCUACACUUUUUCUCAUUUUCGCUCGCGUUCCGAGCCUUUCAAAGGGAAAAAAGACGAACCUAAGGAUCUGCUGGAUAUGCAUCUGUUACUGUCUCCCUAGGGUGACAUAUUUUUUUUUUGUCACUCGCGGGAGUGCACAGCUUUUGGCGGUGUACAUAUAUUUAUACUGCUUGAAAAAAAAAAAAAGGAAACAGGUGGGCAUUUUGUAUCUCCGGUAAUACUUUCUUUUUAUCUCAUCUUUCUUUCUCUCUCGGCAGGGGUAACGGAGCUUAUUGGUAUCGCAAAGUUGUGGAAUAUACAGUUAGUUUCUUUCUUGAUUUCAAAACCCGAUGGAGAUCAUUCACUGCAUCAUCUUUCACAGGCUGCGAUUAAUAACGUACCUUGCCUUGUGAUGAAUCCCGAUCUGGCGAUACUUGAAUUGCAGCCAUUCCGAUGCGCAGCGCCCAUUGUGUUUCAAAUUGGGCCGGAUUUCUGUCAAAAUUAAUACUGAAAUGACAAGGCUCGACUUGCCAGACUCCCUUAGAAAAACUAAUACAUCGCGGAACAGCUCGGUAAACAGCAGUGUUGCUGAUGCAGCGUAAAUCUGACGGAGAAGGUCGAUGCAUGUUUUUUAGACCCUUAAGAAGAAAGUUAUACAUCUGACGAACCCAUCGUGUCUCGUGUAAGUGGGCCAACUCGCAAAACGUAUUUAUGAAAAUCGUCUAUAUAUAUAUUGCAACUACAGAGGGGAAGAAAGCAGGGGAUGCUGGUGGUGUAGUUGCCUUAUUUUUACUAAAUGCGUCGAAGCUGCGCACCAAGAAAACGCUUCUUUUGUGUGUGUGUAUGUAAAUGAAAUGUCUUGGCGCCGCUUUCCCCUUCCUCCUUUUUUUUUUUCUUUUGGUGUUGCACCAAAUCCAAAGUGUUUAAAAAAAAGUUAGUGUACAGCAAGAAAAUAAAUGACAACAAUGAGGGGGCUUAAAACUCCUCUCUGUUGCAAAGAGACUGA